CGCGGAGCCCCGGCGCGCCCCCGCCCUCUCGCCGCCGCUCCCGCGCCUCCAUUCGGCUCCGCCGCCGCCCGUUAGAGACCCGCCGCCCGCCGAGGAGGGGACAGCGCGACAGCCGGCAGCACGGGAGAGGGAAGGGCCCUCCCCCCGCCGCCGAACCCUCUUCCUCCUCCUCCUCCUCCUCCUCCUCCUUCUCCUCCUCCUCCUUCUGCUCCCCCGCCUCCGCCUCCGCCUCCCGGCCGGGAAGAGCAGCUCGCCGUGCCCGCAGCAGCCCCGCUGGAUGCACUGAGCGCUCGGGCGCGGGGAGAGGGGCAGGAGGGAGCCGGGAGCCCCGCCGCGGAGGCGCUGCGCUGCCCGGAGGCUCACGGCCACCAGCUUUAAUUCUUUUAUUCCCCCCCCCCCCUCCGCCCGCCGGUGGCUGGCGUUGCCCCUGCCUCCUCCUCUCUGCCCGCAGGAGCCAGCCGAGGCGGCGGCGGGGGUUGCAUCUUACCCCCCCCCCCCUUUUUUUUUUUUUUUUUUUUUUUUAAAUUUUUUUUUUUUUUAAAUUUUCGUCGCCGCCAUGGGAUGUACCCUGAGCGCCGAGGAACGAGCCGCCCUGGAGCGGAGCAAGGCCAUCGAGAAGAACCUGAAGGAGGACGGGAUCAGCGCCGCCAAAGACGUGAAACUCCUCCUGCUCGGGGCCGGAGAGUCGGGGAAAAGCACCAUCGUGAAGCAAAUGAAGAUCAUCCAUGAGGAUGGCUUCUCUGGUGAAGAUGUGAAACAGUACAAGCCAGUGGUCUACAGCAACACUAUACAGUCCCUGGCAGCUAUUGUACGUGCCAUGGAUACCUUGGGCAUCGAAUACGGUGAUAAGGAACGACGGGCUGAUGCCAAGAUGGUCUGCGAUGUCGUAAGUCGGAUGGAGGACACAGAGCCCUUCUCUCCAGAGCUGCUGUCAGCUAUGAUGAGACUCUGGGCAGACUCUGGGAUCCAAGAAUGCUUCAACCGGUCCCGGGAAUAUCAACUCAACGACUCGGCCCAAUACUACCUAGACAGCUUAGAUCGAAUCGGAGCUGCAGACUACCAGCCCACGGAGCAGGAUAUCCUCCGAACCAGGGUCAAAACAACUGGCAUUGUAGAAACCCACUUCACAUUCAAAAACCUCCACUUCAGGCUCUUCGAUGUCGGGGGCCAGCGGUCAGAACGCAAGAAGUGGAUUCACUGCUUUGAGGAUGUCACAGCAAUCAUUUUCUGCGUCGCGCUGAGUGGCUACGACCAGGUGCUCCAUGAAGAUGAAACCACGAACCGCAUGCACGAAUCACUGAAGCUUUUUGACAGCAUCUGCAACAACAAAUGGUUCACAGAUACGUCUAUCAUCCUCUUUCUAAACAAGAAGGACAUAUUUGAGGAGAAAAUUAAGAAAUCUCCGCUGACUAUCUGCUUUCCUGAGUAUCCAGGCCCCAACUCUUUCACAGAGGCGGUGGCUUACAUCCAGGCUCAGUACGAGAGCAAGAACAAGUCCCCCAACAAGGAGAUCUACACGCACAUCACCUGCGCCACCGACACCAACAACAUCCAGUUCGUCUUCGACGCCGUCACGGAUGUCAUCAUCGCCAACAACCUGCGGGGAUGCGGACUCUACUAAAGCCCUCCCCUCCCCUCCUCUCCUCGCGCCCGCCGGGAGCAUCCGCCGGUCCCGCGGACAGGUCCUCUCUCUUUCCUUUUUUUCCUCCUCGGAAGACGAUGAGGAAGAAAUACAUAAAUCCCUUCUCCUGUCCCAGAAAACUUUGCAGCAAGUCCUGCUUUCCCCAGCCCCGUUUUAUUUUAUUUUGGUUUAUUUUUGGUUCAUUCCCUUGCUGCCGCAUUCUACUCCUCCGUUCCAAUUCACAGUGCUGUAGAGGGAGCUAACGUGUUUCCCACAAAGUGCAUUUCAACUGCCAAAAGACAAAAAUACUUCAGUUUUAAAAAAAGAAAAAAAAUCAAAGCCUUAAAAUACCUGUCAGCAACAGUGUAGUUUGGAACUGAAACUUUUUCUUUUUUUUCCUUGAAAUUAAGGGAUAUUUUUAAUUCUCCUCAUUAUUUAUCUCUUUUUUAAAAAACACUCUUCCUUUGGGAAGUGCUAGAUACAACAUGAACAUUUUGAGGGUACCUUACGGCUCCAGUUCCUAGCCCACGGCUGGAGGGGUCAGUGUUGAACGCAGCGGCCGCAGCUUGGGUUUGUACAUCCUCCUUUUUUCCAGACAGCUAUUGGAACAAGUCAAACAGCCAUAUCGAGUUCUGCUGGUGUCCGAGACAGACGCAGUAACAAAACCUACUAAGCCUUGUCUAAAAGCAUUCGUUACCGGUAACAGUUUUACCUCAAGUUUUUCAAAAUUAAUGUUCACGUUUGCCUAGUGGUUUCAGUAACCCGGUUGUUGGCUGGGUGCGCGGGGCGGCGGCGGCUGGGCUGGGACCCCGGGAGCGUAGGCAGCCAGGAUGCCCCAGGACGGUGUCCUGGGGGGGGGGGGGGGACCCUGCACGGGGGGGUGCCAGCCUGGGGACCCAGCCACCUUUCCCAAAGCACCUCCCGCCCUAAGGGGUCUCGGCACGACCGAUGCGCCGGCAGAGACGCACAGCGUCUCUUUCCAAGCUUCAGCUGGGGUGCACCAAAAAUAUUUAGCCCUGGCUUCUUGUAGGCAGAGUUUGGCCUUCGAGUACCCGGAAAGCGGAGAGGUGCUUUGGGAGACCUCACCCUGCUGGGGUGACAGCAAGGUGUGCAGGAGCCUCCCGGCUCUUCGGCGCACGGCGGGCACCUACAGACCCUUGAGAAGCCCCAACCUUGCACUCUGAGCCUCCUUGGCCAAGCUUGCCUGCGUCAUCUCCUGCCUGGGCACCCGAGACAGCUCCAGGCUUGGUGCCUGCAGUCAGGGCAUCUCUUUACCAGCAUGUCAAGCGAGAGGGAUGGUUUAUACUGGCCGUGUAGUGGCAAGGGAGGGCACAGGGAGCUGAUUUGAGCCAAGUGAUGGAGUAGGAAGGAAAAGCGUGAGGAAGAGAGGGAAGGGAGGAAGGAAGGGCAGGGGUGGAGCUGUGGAAACGGUAAGGGUGGCACCCAGCACAGCAAAAUGUGGGGCGCAAAGGGGAGGAGAAACGCGGCCGGGCUGGGGUACGUGUGCCCGUCUGCCUGCCAUCACCAAGAGCGCCGGGUGCCGCCGGGGCGAAGGCAGAGGUGGGUGUGAGGGGUGGGGUGUCACCUCUGGGAGCACGGAGGGACCCUUCGAUGUCCACCCUGAUAGCUUGUUGGGUGUCUGGGUGAGACAGCCGCCUCGGAGGUCCCACUCGGCGUGGCACCUGGGGACGGGUAGGCAACGCUGAUGCCUGCCUCUUCACUGCCUCUCUUAAAAGUCCAUGAUCCUGGAAAACAUGAGCCUUUCCAGCACAGCCACAAGUUCAGCUGUCCUCUCUUGGGAACCUGAGCUAGGGGUGCCUUUCAGGUCUCGGGAGGUCUGAUUUUUCUCCAGUGCCAUGCCUGGGAGGGACAAUAUCUCUUUUCUCACCGUGCCUGUCUAGGAGAGAUGGUGUGAGAGCAGCCUAAAGCAGCACAGCCCGAAGGGCAGGGGCCGGGUGAGCGUCGCUGUGAGGGAGGCAGGGAAAGGAGCAGGUACGGUGUCACGGGCGGAGAGGAGCGGUGGAGGAGGUUGUUGGCGGGGUACAGUUUGAGAGAGAUGUUGCAGAAGGGAGAUGAGGCAGGUUGAUGCAGCAGGGAGGACAGGAAGAGGAGGAGGGCGCCUGGGAGCUGGAGGAGAGUCCUCAUCAGAGGUUGUGGUCUGCCGGGAAAAAAAACCCAGGCAGGGAUUUAAACAAAACCCCAGCCAGGGACGUGAGUGGGAGCACCCUCGGGCAAACCAGGAGGAAAACAAAGUGGCUCUGACCCAUCUAACCAGCUCGCAGCCCAGCGUGGUUGGCAGCUGUGUCAGUAACCCCCUAAAUAGCAUUAAAUGAUAAAACUGUGUUUAGUACUGUACAGUGAGGACCCACUGCUGCUCUGCUGGACACUAACAGCAAUAACGCCAGGCCUCUGCCUCCCCUGCUCUGGCACAAGUGAGUACCCACCUUUCUCUUCACCAUCUCAGCCUUAAAAUACCUCUGGCAGCAUCAGCCCCCUGCCCAGAGCUGGCCAGCCAGCAAAGCCAGGAGCCCCUCUCUGCUCCUCACACCACAUCCCACCCGCACGUCUUCUCCCGGGUCCCAGCCCCUCUCCCAGCUCCCUUGGACGCCGGCACGCUCUGCUCUACAACCGUAAACCAAAGGAACACUGAACACAAGACCUGCGCGUGUCAUUGCGUUUGGUUGAGCUUUGGAUUUUCAGAGUCAAUGGGAAGGCUUUCCAAAGAAAGGAUUCCCAGGGGGAGCUGCCCAGUGCUCUGGUUCCUCGGAAGGGACCAGCCGAUCUGCGGCAGGAGGGGCAGGGAAUUAGCUGGAGGGACAGGGAUGCUCCUAGAGCUUGUCCCCUGGGGGCAGCCAAGUCCCACCAGGAACACUUAGCAUCCAGAUGUGCAUUGAGUGUCAAAAUGAGGGCUGAGAAGCCGAACGUUAGUUACAUUUAGUACAUAAAGUGUACGUAACUGCCAGACCCAGAGCGCAGCGCCGGGCCGGUGUGCUGUGGUGCGCUGGUGGCUCGCACUGGCAGCGAGGCAGGUCUUAACUAAGCUCUGUCACAAGAGUUUGAUCAGAAGAAGUAGAAUUUGGGAGAUUUUCUGUUUCCACCCCUCGCUGCGGGUGACAUUUUAUCCAGGCAGAUAAGUAACAGACGCAGUUCCCAGUGAAGGCAGCACUGAGCCAAGGCUUCAGGAGUUCCCAGCAUAAAGCGCACAGAAAUAUUUUGGUAAAGACAAUUUAAAUUAACUCGAUCCCAAACUUUGCCAAAUGCAGCUGAGUCACCGGUUGUGCCGGGCUCCGGGCUGGGUUCAGGUAACCAGAACCAGAGCCCCUCCCGCCCCAGCCCCUCCGCAGCUCCGGCUGGUUCCCCAGCACGCUGGGGACAGCCAACGGCUGGUGAUCCACGGGGAGAAAAGGGAGAAAAAGAGGAGGAAAUGCUGACACACAGAACCUUUUCUUUCAUUUUUCUUCGGCGUCUUGUACGUCUAAAGCUCCAUUUCAGCUGCUGCUGCUGACAUUUCCUCUCUCACACGAGUGUCGUGAGGAUUCACUGACAAAGGCUGGAAACGGCAUUUGGAAGAUGAAAUGCUUCCAGUGUUAAACACUACCGUUUCUCCCGCUUGAUGGCCGUGUACAGAUUUUUGUCUCCAGAACGCCUGCCAAAGCAUUACUCACUGCUGGCUUUCUCCAUCCUCCCAAGCCUUUUCUGACAGAUGUGCCUUCUGCUGGCAAUCUUUUGCCCUGUGCUUUUUCUAAACACCAGCAAUCCUUGCAGCAAUUGCCUAGAAAGAGGACCUUGAAAUACAUUGCCUGCUUUCCAAAGCCCUCUUCUUAAUAGCCCCUUGUACUUUGCAGUUGCAGUGCUCCAAAUCCAGAGCCUCAGAGGCCCUGAGUUGUGUUUAAUUUGCAGUCUCCACCUUGCAGGGACGUUGCAACUGGUACAGCUGCGUCAGAAAUCAUACCAGGGCACGGGGGACGUGUUUUAAAAGCACAGAAUUCAAACAGCUGCAUAUACACCCUGCUGCCCUGCAAAGCUAAUGUGGGGAUUUGCAAAAGGUGCCCUUUGGGGGAUGCAGGAGGUUUUUAAUGACUCAGGUCACUUGUCCAGCAGCAGCAUCUGAGGGAUGUUGCAUUGAAAGCAGCAUUAGGAACUUGCGAUGAGCCUCAGACAGCAGCAAAAAGAAAGAAGGAAGCCCUCCCUGCUUGCUCCAUCGGCAAUGAGAGGGUCAGGUGUGGAGCUCUGAGACAAAAAAAAAAAAAACGCAAAUAACUCCUUUACUUAAGCAACAAUUUCAA